GAACACAUCAAUUUCUCAUUGGGACAUCAAUUGGUUCAUCAAACAUAUAUAAUUCACAGUUGUAAUUAUAAAGAUAGAAUCAAAAUUUGCAUAAACACCCCAAAAACCCAUUUCAGUUGAUACUCUAAGGAUCCCUACACAUGUUCUCACUACUUUCCAAUUGUGAAUAACUCAUCUCUUACCUCUAAGCGGGCUCACGUGUGUAUUGUGACAGCAAUAGUGGUAUCUCUAGCGGUUUCCUGAAAUUCUUCAAGUUUUUCCUCUAACUAUUUUGAUAGAGUUCCCAAACGUUAGAGAGAAGGAGAAGGAUUGAAGCCUCUAUUCCACUGUUUACGUGCGAUGAGUAUUUCUCCCUCCACAUAUGUUAUUUUGUAAAUCCCAAUAUUGAAAAUGUGCAGAAAUGAAUCUUGAACCACAUAUCAAAAUUUCACAACAAUCCAAUAGUUAACGAGUUCAGGAUCAUAGUUUUACUGAGAUAGUUCUGCGUUUUUGUGAAAAAAGAAAAAGCUACGAUGUAAAUGGUAUUUUUCUCAGUUCCAACAUGUUUUCGUAAUUCCUAACGGUGAGAAUGUUUGGAAAUGAGUUUCAAACCUAGUGCUCAAAUUUCACGACGAUCUAACAGUGAAUAAGUCUGAGAUCGUCGUUUGGUGGUAUGCAGAAAAAAUAGAGGAUUUUGGGAAGAGGAAAAGGAAAAACGAAAUUGAGAGGAAGAGGAAGCGUAAAGGAAGAAUUGUAGAACAGGAGACAAGGUAAGAACUUAAGAUAGAGAAGGGAAAUUGCUUAUAUCAUUCUUAUCUUCUUUUUAAUACAUCUCAGAUAUUUAUAACUAUUAGUGCUUGCUAGCAAACAAAAGCCAAUAACAGAAUCACCUAUGCACUAAUAGAGCACUAUAACAGAAUUGCCAAAAUGCAAGUACUACUAACAGAACUAACAGAAUUAUUCACUAAUGAUUAUAGCACAAUGGGGCACUAUGAAAAUAGCAUAAUUGGUGCCCAAACUCCCUUAAACAUAAUCUUUCAAAUGGUGAGCUGGUUCAAUCCUCCUUUUGGGCCUGUCCUUUGGAUCUUGCUGCCUAUCACUCAGUGUGAGUAUGUACUAGUUGGUGUUCUGCAUACGUUUCUUUUUAUGAGUCCUGUUUUGUACUUUUGCCCUUAAGGCUAAUUUGAAGUUAGUCUUGUCACUUUGCUAGUUUGAAGUUUAAAAAAUUUAUUCAUUUUUAUACCAAAAAUACACUCGUUUAAGUAGAAUUGAAUUUAGAUCCCUUUAACAAAAUCUCAAUUUGAAUUUUUUGGAUGACAAAAACAUAAUUUAAAAAAAUCUCACCCAAAAAUAAACAUGACCAGACAAGUUUUACAGCAAAAAUUAGUACAAUAAAAUCAGUAUAUAUUUGAACCUGUGACAUAUAACAAAAAAAUCUCUAGUUUUUAUAUUUGGGUUUUUGAUACAAGCCCUUUUCAAGUAAGGGAGAACUGCACAGAAAUUAGAAAGCGAGAAGAAAAUAGGAACCUAAACUGAAUUUAUUCUUUUUCUUGCAGCACCAUUACAAAUCAUAUAUAUAACGGUAUACCCAUUAAGAACAGAAUGCAAUAACAAAAAUACACGAACAGAAUGCCUAACAAUUGUCAAAUGCUUUCUAGGAUCUACUGUCUUAUUUACUUGGGCCUAGGCCUAAUAUCUAAAGGAGAACAUAUAGAAAUAUUGGGCUAGACUCAUAGACCACUCUUGUGCAGACCCAACAAUGGUUGUAUCAGGUUUCCUUGACAGGUAAAUUGUUUUGAGUACAUUGACCAAACACAGGGGUCUUCACGAAUUCCUAUCAACUACAAAAAGAAAUAACAUAAAUAAAAAUCUUUCAGUUAAAAAUCUAAAACAGUUAGUUUAUGAUUCAACGUGACUUCAUAUAUAUACCUCAAACGAUCUGGAGUACCAGCACAACAUCUUCACCUCUCAUUGAGCAACCAGAAAUAUUUGUUCCCACCAUCACACUAGCUAGUACUUAGUACCUCCCAUGGCCACCAAAAUUCAGUUCCAUCAUAUUUCAUUGGCAUUAUUUUUCUGUUUGGGAUUCUUGGCUUUUCAAGUCGCAUCUCGCACUCUCCAAGAUGCAUCCAUGUAUGAGAGGCACGAACAAUGGAUGGCUCGUUAUGGCAAGGUGUAUAAGGAUCCUGAGGAAAAGGAAAAACGUUUCAGGGUAUUUAAGGAAAAUGUGAAUUACAUUGAAGCCUUCAACAAUGCUGCCAAUAAACCUUACAAGCUAGGCAUUAAUCAAUUUGCAGACCUCACCAGCGAGGAGUUCAUUGUGCCAAGAAAUAGAUUCAAUGGGCACACGCGUUCCUCAAACACAAGAACAACCACUUUUAAGUAUGAAAAUGUGACUGUGCUACCAGACUCAAUAGAUUGGAGACAGAAAGGAGCAGUUACACCCAUCAAGAACCAAGGCUCAUGUGGAUGUUGUUGGGCGUUUUCUGCUAUUGCAGCAACUGAAGGAAUUCACAAGAUAAGUACAGGAAAAUUGGUCUCUCUCUCAGAACAGGAAGUUGUUGAUUGUGACACAAAGGGUACAGACCAUGGUUGCGAGGGUGGUUAUAUGGAUGGUGCUUUCAAAUUCAUCAUUCAAAAUCAUGGAAUUAACACUGAAGCCAGUUACCCUUAUAAGGGUGUUGAUGGAAAAUGCAAUAUAAAGGAAGAAGCGGUCCACGCUGCUACCAUCACUGGCUAUGAAGAUGUCCCUAUUAACAAUGAGAAGGCACUGCAAAAAGCCGUAGCAAAUCAACCAGUUUCUGUAGCCAUUGAUGCCAGUGGUGCUGAUUUUCAAUUUUACAAGAGCGGUAUUUUCACUGGUUCAUGUGGAACUGAGUUAGAUCACGGUGUCACUGCUGUGGGAUAUGGUGAAAACAAUGAAGGAACUAAGUAUUGGUUGGUUAAGAACUCAUGGGGAACCGAGUGGGGUGAAGAAGGCUACAUUAUGAUGCAGAGGGGUGUGAAAGCUGUGGAAGGAAUCUGUGGCAUAGCUAUGAUGGCAUCUUACCCUACUGCAUAAACAGUUCUGCAUAUCUUUUUAAGUUUCAGUUGUGCAUAUAACGGUGUAUGAAUCAUUGUACCUAUCAAUUAUUAUCAAAUGAAAAAUUAGUCAUGGUCAUUAGUUAUGAUA